GCGGUGGUCACGUGUCACAUCAAAAUAAAGCAUUGACUCCUCCCGCGCGGGCUGUAAGAUAAGUACACAAGCUAACCCCGCAGACUCAGGAAGUGAGGCUAGAAGGUAAACAGAAACAGAAACGGCUGAAGCUGUGGUGGUCCAGACCUCCACCGCUGGACCUUCUGAGUUUUUCUACAGAGCCCAGACCAGUCGUUCUCCGGUGCCUUUCAUCAUGUCUUCGUUAGCAACCCGGAGACAAACUGCCACCAGUCCGGUGUUUUGUGCUGUCGCGUUGCUGUUUGUUAGCUUAGCCUCACAGGGGCAGUGCCAAACGACCAGCCCGCCACUCACAACGCCCUGUUCCACCUAUAAAAGCUGCGACAGCUGCACCCCACACGCCAAGUGUCUGUGGUGCUUCUCCUCCAACAACUGCACCGAGUACCCGGUGAGCUGGCUGCUGCCCCCGGCCUCGCUGUGCCCCUUGUCCCAGGCCCGCUGGGGGGUGUGCUGGCUGAACUUUGAAGCCCUGAUCAUUGUCCUGGCUGUCCUGGGGGGAACCGUCCUCCUCACCAUCAUGAUCUGCUGCUGCUGCUGCUGCUGCAAGAGCCCCUCGUCACGGCCUGACAGAGACGAGGAGAGAUUCAACAGGAAGAGAGAGGAGAUCCUACAGCGCGCGGAGCAACGGAAGGUGGAUAGAAAGGCACGGCACGAUGAAAUACGCAAGAAGUACGGUCUGAUGGGGGACGCCGACCACCCGUACAGCAAGUUUGAGAACGAGUGAAGCAGCGGGACCAUCUGGAGUUGCUGCUGUUCCCUUUUAACUGCCUUCACCAGUCCAGAUGAAGCAUCCUCGGUGAUGCACACCUGACCCAAUGAGCCCACCGGCUGAGCUGGACAUGUCUGACCUCCUGUUUGCUGUGGAGAUCUCAGUAUUCAAUGGUGGAUGGGUUUUUAACCUUUCUGUUGAUUUCUGACCCGUUUCUACUUUUCUCUUUUAGAUUCUGUCACGUUUGCACCUGUUCAUGAACACCUUUAGGAAUUAGUCAUAAAACAUGUUUCUCCACCAA